UUACCUGCCGUAAUUUAGAGAAGUUAAUUCAAAAAUUUAAUUUUCUUUAUAUUUUAUCUGUCACGUAUUUUAUGUAAAAACAUAGUCUUAAAAUAUCAUUCUUUGUAGCAUUUUUAUUGAUAAUUAUGUCAAAGAAUUCUGAAAACAGCUCACUAACUGGUUCAUGGGUAACCCUCAAUCAUAUCGGUUCCGUGGGUCUCAAUAUAUGCUAUUCCCCUACGGCACCUUUCCAGUCUCCUCUAAAGAAUCGGAAAAUUCGCCAGCCCAUCAAACCUUCGGCCAAAAUUUUGCUCCUCAAUCUAACUAAGCCCAGGGAACAAGCUCAAGAUUCAAAAUCUCUUCAAAAUUCUAGCCAUUCCUUAAAUGUCAAUUCCUUAUCAUCGUCGACUUCGUUAUUACUAACCGCGAAAGGUGAUGAAACGGCAUUGUCUCCCAUAAAACAAAGCCCGUUAUCGGAAUGCGCGGAUUUAUUACAAGAUUCUUCCCACAUACUUGCACAAUCUUUCAUGUUUCCUAAUGAUGGGAUUUUAGAUAAUCAACAUUCCUAUUCCUCUUGCGAACAUUUAAAUAUACCAAUCUGCCCCGCGUUUUCUACUUCCACUCAGCAGAUUGUCAAAACAAAAUUCUCGAACGGCCCCCGCAUAAACUCCCAUGCCCUCAUACAAAGCUUUAACAGUAAUUUAAAAGGACUCCGAGCGCGGAAAAAGUUUCCCCAUACUCCGCCUAAUACACCGACGGUUAAAAGUGAACCCUGUUUUCUAAAACCCGAAGAAACAAGCGUUAAAAAAUUUCCAGAGUUCCAAAAGGAAAGCGGGAAUUCUGAUUUGCAAAAUAAGGUUUACCAGCACCAACAUAAGGAAGUUGUUUCUGCGGGUGAUUCAUCGUGGGAAAGCGUGGAAAGGAUGCUGAAAGAGGCCGCGAGAGAAAGGAUACCUUACGUGGAUGGCACGAGAUCCCCUUCUGACUGGAGCAGUCCGAUGUACCCCACUAGCCCUUACCCGGAACUGAGGGAUUUGAAGGAAGAAUUCAAAGAUACUGAUUGGAUAUGGGAUUGGUCAAAUGGAAUAUUACCUUUCAGGGAAGAUUCGAUUUACAACCCAUAUUACAAUGAAAUAAAAACAAGCUUUAGGAACAGCAAGACCAUGAAGACUUUACUCUUUUCUCCUACCCUCUUAUCCUGGCUCUUAAUUACUAACGCAUUUUCUUUGGCAAUUGGAACUGGAAUAGGAAUUUACUUAGGUAUACAAUGGUACAACAGCCAUGCUAGCCUCAAUUAAAAUACAAAAGGAACAAAAGAAACUUCUUCCUAAAAUAGACUUAAUAAAAAUGAUUCUUUAUAAUAUUUAAACCUCUUUUUCCUUGGUUAAAAAUUUUUUUAAAUAUAUGUACAAAGGAAUUAUAAAUAAUCCUACACCAUUUAUCUAAUUCAAUGAUAACAUAUUUUUAAUUUUUUUCCCCCGAUUAUAUACGAAUAUGGGUUCGCGUUAUUUUCAUUAUUUAAACUGGUAUUUUUUUUCUCUAAAAAUAUUGGUAAUCUAAUUAUCAAUCACACUACAUUCUUGGAGUUUAAACUUUGGUUUAAAUAGAUAGUAAAAUAUGAACCAUUUAAGCAAUUUUUACAAAAACAAACCCGAGUCAUAACAUUAGUUGAUAUUUAUGCUAUUUAUCUUAAUUUAUUCAUUGAAAUUAUAUUUAUUCCCUUCUAUUUUUUCAUUAAUUUUUGGAUGAUUUGCAGAAUGUAAUAUUUAAAAAAUUUAUAUUAUAGUAAUUUAUACCAAUUUAUCGUAAUAUAUUUUUAUUGUUAUGCUUGAA